AUGCCCAACCGUCGCGUCCCCGACGAAUUCCGCGUCUUCCUCCACCCCUUGGUCCCGCUCCAACCCGCCUACCUCGCAAACAUCUCCACCAAAGCCCUUGCGAGCUUAUACGCAGACUAUCAGUCCCACGUCGCCCUAGGCGACGACUACUACUACGGCGGCGAUCUCCAAAUCUCCAUGAGCCGGAUACGCGCAGAAGUGCGGAGGCGGGGCGACGACCAGUGGGCCAUUGCGUUUGGAGCAGAGCCAAACCCCAUCGUCAUCGCGCAGCCCGAGCAGCGCAUCGUCGUGCAGCAGCAGGAGCCACCGCAGGUUAUCGUGCAACAGCAGCAGCAGCCGCAGGUCAUCGUCCAGCAGCAGCGUCAGCAGAUCAUUCAUGUCCCUCAAUCUCCUCAAGUUAUCCAUGUGCCUGCUGCUCAGCCGCGGAUUGUGUAUCAGUCUGCGCCGCGCGUUCAGGUCCAGGUCGUGUCUUCGACGGGUCAGAUUGAAUACUCUCAAUCUUCGGGGUAUGAGGGGGCCGGGGCGGAGGUUGAUUCAGAUGACGAGCAUGAUGAGUAUAUGGCGUAUGUGCGGGGACAGAUGCGUGGGGAGCGGGGUGGAUGUGGAGGGUAUAUGUCGGGGGGUCGGGAUGGGAGGCGAGGGAGGAGGGACGAUGGUGAUUGGGAUACUCCGGAUUGGGAUGGCGUGAGGGGGUACGAGUAG